AUGGACGCUGAGAGAAUGCCUGUCACCUUCGCGCAGGAGCUCUGGGAGAGCGUUUACGCUGAAUUCUCGGGGCGUACGCUCACGUACGAGGUGACGAUUUCUAACGCCACUGCUCCGCCACAGGAGGCCCAUGGCGGCAACGCUUUGAGUGAGGAUGAUUACCUUCCGGCUGCGGUUGGAGAUGAGAGAGGAGGAGCGCUUUCGAAAGGUCAGGGUGUGAGUCAAGAGGGCUCACUUGGGGAUAGUGGUUGCGACUAUCCCCAUCACAUCAACUGCGACGAGGCCUCCAGCGAGGAUGACUGGGCCCUAGUCAGGGGUAAGAGCGAUGGGGAUGGAUCUGAAGAUGAUGUCGCCCGCUUCGAGCAGAACAAGCCAAGUGAAGGGCGCCCUCCCAGCGCCACUCUCCUCACCCUCCCCGUCGAACUCCACCUAGAGAUCUUCUCCCAUCUCACCGCGCACUACACCUCCACCAACAACAUCACCCCGGUCGAUAUAGCCGGCCUCUCCGCGCCUCACACGCUCCCCUCGAAAGAACAUCACCUCCCUAAAUCCUACUCUUUCCUCCUCACAAACACCCUCACCCACGCGGACCUCAUCAUCGAGAUCAACAAAUCUCACCCCUUGAUCUUCUACAACCUCUCCGAUCUCCAGGCCUGGGUGAGGAACAUGCGCAAAGCGACGCAGGUGAUUCUCGAUCUCGGCGAUGUUUCCCCCAAGAUCAUGCGCAAAGCGCUCUAUACGUUCCGAGACCUUCCUAAACUGGAGGCGAUCGAGGUGAGAUGUACACCGCGCAACCGCGAAGCGGUGUGCAUCCCGCCGGGGUGGAAGGGGUUCCCGGCGUUGGAGAGAGCGACCAUUACCGACCCCAAGCUGGAGGCGGAGCAAACGAGGGCGCACGUGGAGAACCAGGGCCUCCUCAAAACCACCAUCCAGAAGAUCAAGUCUCUCCGCGACGAACGCGACACCUUCACGCAAGACAGCCCACGGGUGAAGGAGAAAAUCUCCCGCAUCCCAGCGCCUCGACGGCGCGCUAACCCAGUGCAUCAGCAGGCUCUUAUUGAGCGCAGGAUCGGCACGAUCAUGAUGUACGCGAUGGUCGCGAUCGAUCAGGAGCUGAAGAGGGCGCGGCUGGAGCGCGUUAGGUUGGAGACGGAGUUUCCGAAGCCGGAGUUUUGCGUGAGGUGUGCGCGGUUGGGAUUUCAGGGGAUGUUUUUGAAGGAUGAUGUGCGCUUGAGGAGGGAGGCGAGGGCGCUUGUGAAGAAGUAG